AUGUCAAGCGAAGAACACCAGUUGGUGGAGAAUAUGAUGACUGACUAUGGAAUGGACAUUGAAGCAAUACCAUACACCGCACCUCCAGGAGAGGAAGGCAUGGAACUUAGUCAUGCAGGUGGGGAGCACAAGGCGUUUGAAGGACUUGCUGGUCAAAUAGCAGACCUUAGUGGCUAUCACUAUAUUGAUCCCCGCACUUGGGAGGACCGUACAGAAACCCAAACAAAUCACUGGCACCUUCAAAUAGACCUGCUCGUGGAUGCUUACCUGGACUAUCGUUUCCGGGAUUCUGGAGAUGGCUUACUGACCUUUGACGACAUGUCUGCGGAGCCACUUCUAGACAAUCCUUCUGGUGUUUCAUUAACCAACAUGGAACUAAUCGACCUUUUCAAGCGAAGCCACUCUUCACUACGAUCACAGCCCUUCCACAAAUACCCUAAUGAGACCUUAAUCUACCAUGGUUACAUUGGGUGCGCACCACUAUAUCCCACGGCUGCCAUCUCGCUGCGCACGCUUGCCGCAUACCUGAAAAGUUUAUGUUUUUUGCAUGAUACUCCCUAUCGACCAUACCUCAAUGCACAAUUUUCGGCCGCUUACGACGUCUAUCUCGAAAUACUUCACCGUGUGAAACAACGUCAUUGUGCAGCACUCAAUCAUGACACACCGAACUGGCGCAUGCUCAAUUCUUGCCCAGCUUGCUUCUAUAAGUUAGAGGACGAGCCUGCACUUCAAUUCGAUUGGCUCGUAUCAAUCGACAGGAACAAUAGUUUGAAACGCUGGAACUCCACGAUUUACGGCUCGAACCCACGCAUUGAUUCUCGUAAGGCACGGUCUGAUUAUUGGCUUGAUACCUGCCAUGUAGACAGGUUUAAAGAUGAAGUUAAAACACGAGAAAGGGACACGAAUGACGAUAACUGGGAGGAUGAAAUGAUCGCAGCCGAAGGCACUACCCCAGCAUUCAAUUGCGUCAACCGAUGGCGCAAUGCUGGUCCCAAUACUUGCAAAAAAAUGUUUUCGGUUUUUGAUGAGUCUGGGAUAUUUAUUGCAGUGUGCCGCCAUAGAUUCGUCGUUCUAGCAUGUGACAUGAUACAAAGUGGAGAAUUGUUGAGUUCUUUCUUAGCUCAUCUUAACUAG